CAGCUGGACCGUCUCGUAGGCCUCACGAUGCUCAUCGCAGCAACCACCAUUUUCCUCUACUACACAAUCUGGACGCUGUUCAUGCCAUUCGUCGACCAACCCCACUUCUCACACGCUUUCUUCCCACCGCGCGUCUGGGCCAUCCGAAUUCCCGUAAUCCUCAUCAUCCUCUUCACUACCGUCAUUGGAUCGUUCCUCUCAGUCGUCAUGAUCCGAAGCAACAGGCGGAAGGCUCUGAAAGCAAAAAAG